AUGUCAUUUGAACAAGAAGCUAUUAAUGUUAUUCCUUCAGAUAUUAAUAUCAAUAAUAUAUCCGAUGGAUUUAAUAAUCCAACACAAAUAUAUCAUAUGUUAGACAAAAAUAAUGAUGGACGUAUAACAAAAGAAGAUUUACAAUUAUUAUUAGAACAAUAUGGUAUUAAUGGUAUGGCUGCUAAUAUUCUAUCGAAAUAUAUUUUUCAACAAUUAGAUAGUAAUAAUAAUGGUAUAAUUGAAACAAGUGAUCUUCUUAAUGUUGGUAAUAUCCUUUGGGAUCUAUUGCAAAAGAAGCAAACUAGUGUUGGUUAUUGA